CACUGAAGAAGAAAAGGGAAGACGAAGAAGAAGAAAAGGACUUCCUGUUUGUCGGACGCUUUUCCUGCGUAUCACAAAAAACAUGGACGCGUGUUAACUUAUCUAUUUUAUCUCUCCAAUUACCACAUUUAAAACAAAAAAAAGUCUAUUGUGUCCCAUUGUUGGAAUGCCACACUCCGACCGCUCAAGUUCCGACGGCGGCGGGGAGCCUCGGAGCCCCCGGGCGCGGAGGCCCCGGGGUCGAACCCGCAGUAACAGCCGCGAGCGGAGCCUUUCUCCGUACAGCUUCGGGCCCAAACUCCCGCAGCCCCGGAACCGGGAAAAGGAACAAGAGGACCGGGACCGGCGGUUCCGGGAGGCGAAAAACAUCAGGCGGAUCCGCAUAGGAAGCCCCCGCCGCAGCCGGUCCAGAUCCAGAGAGCGGCACAACAACAACAACAGCAGCAUCAGUACCUUCAGCAGCACCAACAACAACAGCUACAACAACAGCUACAGCAACAACAGCUACAACAACAGCUACAGCAACAACAGCCACAGCCACUGGUCCGAGCAGCGGGACGCUCCUGGAAAACACGGGAGCUUCAAAGACGAUGGUUACUACGAGCAGCACAGGGACGACGCUCAGAGACAGAGACAAGAGGCUUUUAUUGCGAAGCGUCUGCAAGAGAGGGAAAGGAUCGGUGAGUUAGGUUGUCCUGAAGUUUGGGGAUAUUCACCAAGAGUCAAAGAGCCAGACUCUGAUGAAUUCACACCAGUCGAAGAAGAUGAAAAAAACAGCAGUUCAGGAUCGAGCUCAGAAGAAGAGAAGAAGAAAAAGAAGAAGAAGAAGAAGAAGAAAUCUAAGAAAAAAAAGCACAAAAAGCACUCUGAGGACAGCGAGCUGGAAUCCGAUUCAAAUGAAGAAGACCUAAAGAAGAAGAAAAAGAAAAAGAAAAGCAAGAAGUCAAAGAAGCCCAAGAAGAAGAAGACCAAGAAGAGUCAUAAGGAAUCCAGCAACUCCAACAGUGAGGAGUCAGAAGAGGAGGAGGGUGGGGAGGAGGGAGAGGAGGAGGACGAUGCCAACGGAGUGAUGUGGGUGGAGAAAACCUGCAUGGACGAGAAUGUGGUCGGCCCCGAAGCUCCACUCACACACCUGUCGCAGGACGACGACAAACCUUUGGAUUUUGGUCAUGCGCUGUUGCCCGGUGAAGGUGCUGCGAUGGCAGAAUACGUGAAAGCGGGCAAACGUAUCCCGAGAAGAGGGGAGAUCGGUCUCACCAGUGAUGAGAUUGCAAACUUUGAGAAGUCCGGCUACGUGAUGAGUGGCAGCAGACAUCGUCGCAUGGAGGCUGUGCGUCUGAGAAAGGAGAACCAGAUCUACAGUGCCGAUGAGAAGCGAGCUCUGGCCUCCUUCAACCAGGAGGAGCGGAGGAAGAGAGAGAGCAAGAUCCUGUCGAGCUUCAGGGAGAUGGUGUACAGGAAAACCAAAGGCAAGGAGGAGAAGUGACCGUUAUUAUAGAUUACCUUUUAUUAGGAGAGGUAUUCAUCUUUUAUUACUUUGGAUGAUGAACACAUUCAGUUUUAGUUGAAUGUACAGGGUUUUUAUCUGGAAAGCAACGUGUUCAACUUUUGAGGGGUAUUCUGUUGUUUUCUAUUUACUCACAAGAGUGUUCCCUUUCAAUUGGUCCACCAUAUUUUGUUCUUGUAAAUGUUUAUCCUGAUCAGCAGAAAAUAAAUUUUCAUUAUCAA